AAAACGCACCAAUUAUAAGCGACGCGAAGUCGAGUAUUUAUUAACAGUAAAAUAUUCACAAACACUUUGCAUCCUGCAGCUGGCCACGGGAGAGACGAGGACAGAUGUCAAGGAUGCUGUCCAAAGUUUCCCUGCUCUGGGCGUUGUGCUGCGUGGUGUUAAUACCAGAUUUGCUAGAAGCAACAUCUUUAGUGAAAAUAAAGGAUGCUCAAGAGAAAGCAGUCAUGGGCUCCGUCAGCAUAGAUUCAGCCAGAGCCCAUGACUUCUUGUCCCAGUCUCGACCCAGGAGGAACGUUGAGGACAAGUGGCACCGGAGCACCCCUGACUUCCAGUCCUACUACCGCUUCUACAACAGCAUCGGACACAUCGAAGGGCUCUACGAGAUCGACAGACUCCGCAUCCUGUACCAGCAGAUGCGUCACCUGGAGCAGGUCCACGGGGCGGACGCCCCCGCCUACCAGAACCUCCUGGGCAUGCAGACCACCCUGGCGCCGCCCACCACCACCCUGCCGCCGACCACCACCCUACCCCCGACCACCACGGAGCCCCCCCCGCCGCCCACCACCCAGAACCCCCUUGCAGACGCCGAGGUCUUCUACCUGUGCAACCCCAGGGACACAAUGUGCAAGCCGCAGAUUGUGUUCCUGCCCACGGGGGCGGUGCCGGUGCUGUGUGACCCGCGCUACAAUGCCGCCUGCAGGCCCAAGUCCAAGGAGGAGAUCGCCGCCGCCGCCGCCGCCGCCGCCGCCGCCGCCGCCGCGCUCCCGCCUCCACCGCCGCCGCCCCCCAAGAAGUCCGCCCCCCCCCCUCCUCCACCUGCUCCGCCCGUCGCCGUGGGCAAGUCCAUGGAGUACGACUGCGACCCCUACUGGGACCCCGACUGCCUCGUCGACCACCCGCUACGCCCCGCCCAGGCCGCCACCCCUCCUCCUGCCCCCCCGCCCGCGGCGGUGGUGCCGGUGAUAGAGAAGGUGGAGGAGAAGACGGAGGAAGCGAGGGAGAUCCAGCCGCAGUUUGAUCCUUACGAUUACAAACGUGACCUCUACGACCCCUACCGCUACAUCAACGCCGCUGCCGAUGAAGAGUAAAUACCCGUUGAGGAGGUUGAUGGUGUAAUGCUUUACUAUAUCCAGACAGGACUGGGACUGAGACACACACGCACCAAGAAAUGUAAUUAAAAACUCAAUGAAAUCAUUUGCUGAUGACAAUGUAUUAAACGUAAACAAAAACAAGA